AUGGGUGACGGGUCUGAUUAUCCUAGCCCACGAAGCGAAGGUCCCCCUGGGCCUGCAUCUAUCCUCGUCACAGCUCAAGAAUCCCUCUCUCCGGCAGCGAAGAUGAACGACCAAAUCCCUACAAGCUUUAUGGAGGGAUCUCGCCCGCGUCUGUCGGUGAGAAGAACGCGCGAUCCGCCCAAGAAUGCCGCGGGUCAAAUCUACUGCGAUCAUCAUGAAUGCCAUCAAUCGCCUCCUAUCUUUCGUCGCCCAUGUGAAUGGAACAAACACAUGGAUAAACAUGAUCGACCUUACAAGUGUAUGGAACCGGGUUGCGAUAAAAUUCAAGGAUUUACAUACUCCGGCGGUCUGCUGAGACACCAGCGCGAAGUACACAAGAAGAACGUCAAUGCCAAGAAGCCCUUGAUGUGCCCAUACGCCGACUGCAACCGCAGCACAGGCCAUGGAUUCACGCGCCAAGAGAACCUGAAGGAGCACCUUCGUCGACGCCACAUGCACACAGAGAGUGGUCCUUCGCCAGAAUUGCCAAACCUCGUGUCUGAACUGGACGGUACCGCAUCCCUCUCAGCCCCUCCGGCCAUUAAGCGGAAGCGCGAUUCACUUGAUGAUCCUUCUAUUGGAAUGACCGAGGAAGAAAAUGGGGUUGAUAUGCGGAACGAACUCAAGAGAUUACGACGCGAGGUUGAGGAGAAGGACCGUCGUCUAGAGGAACUUGAAAGGAUUGUUGGGGGACUUCAACAAGCUAUCCCACAGCCUCCUGCUCCU